AAGCUGGCUGGAUAUCUUCAGUUGAUAUAGGGCUGAGAUCCACAAACGGUUAAAGCCGAACCAAAUUUACGCUAAACUAGAUUAGGGUAACAACCUAAAUUUUUCUCCUCCGUUUCUUGGCAUCGAAGAUUUCCAAGUUGGGAAAUAAUUCAGAAUCGCUGGAGCGCAUUGGCCUCAUACCUGAGCAGUUCACCUCGUCUUCUUGUUUUCCCAGAGCACCAACUUUCAGUACGCCGAGAUUGAACCAUCACAAUGAGGGCAAAACGGUCAAAGAAGUAUCGCAAGCUCAUGCACCAGUAUGAGCUCACAUUUGGUUUUCGCGAGCCAUACCAGGUACUUGUCGAUUCGAAUUUUCUAAGAGCUGUCUACUCCUUCAAGAUGGAUCUAGUUCCCGCCCUCGAGCGAACGUUACAUGGCAAAGUAAAGCCAUUUAUUACGAAGUGUUCCCUCGCGGCCGUCAUGGCUUCACCGUCCACCCAACAAUAUCAGCAAUCAAUCGCCCGACCUAACGCGCGCCCUCCACAGCUCCCACCACCCACAAUCCUGCCCCUUCGCUACUGCUCACAUAACGAAGACUCCAAACCCAUCGACGAAGUCGACUGUCUUCUUUCUCUAUUAUCACCUAAUGCAGAAUUGAAAAAGAAUAAAGAACAUUAUAUAUUGGCCACGGCAGACCCCGAACCUACUAAUUCCCAUACCCAGAAAUGGAAAUCCAUAGCUGCGACUGCACCCGAGCCGCCGACAAAUUAUCUGCGGAAGGGUGCGCGGCAGAUACCUGGCGUCCCAAUUAUAUACGUGAAACGAUCUGUGAUGGUAUUAGAGCCCCUGAGUAAUUCGUCAGAGGGAGUGAGGGAAGGGGUUGAGCGGGGGAAACUGAAGACUGGUAUCACGAAGGUGAUGCCGGGAAAGAGGAAAAGGGCUGAUUCGGAGGAAGGGGAGGAGGAGGAUAGAUCAGUGGCUACAAAGGAAAAGAAGCAGAAAAGAGUUAAAGGCCCAAAUCCGUUGAGUGUGAAGAAGCCAAAACCCAAGGCUAAGCCGAGUAGUAGCAGUGGCGGUGAAAAGAACGAAGAUGGAAGACCUAUCGAGGCGGAACAACAGCCUACGCGCGAUUCAAAAGAUGAAAAUACCAAGGAGCUAUCGAGUGGUGGCGGUGGAUCGACAGUGAAAACCAAGAGGAAGAGAAGACAUAAGUCCCAUAAACCGGAUAAAGAGCAACAGCCCGGCAUGCCGCAACUUGGGGAGUCGCUUCCUGUUGAAUCGUGAUGUUUGACGGAAUAAAAAUGAUUUAUAAUGUGUAAUAUUCAAUUGCGGCGUACUUACCCCUCCUGAGGAGUUACAUAGCAGUAUUCUGGAAAGUGGAAAUUUAUAAUCCCGUUUGGACUAAAGGGUAUAUAUAUUAUAUACAUGUAUAAAUACAAUAAUUACUGAGAGCGACAGGCGGUGGAUUAUUCACACAGGAAUAUAUCCCUGCAUUUCCGAUCAAUCGUGCUUGGAGAAGAGAGUCCAACAAAUAAAUACAUCUUUGGAAAGGAUUAGAUUGGAACCAGUGGCGUACAUAUUGCAAAUCACAUAUGACCAAACGCCAAAAACACCCCCAGCUCUGGAUAUGUCGUUCGUCCUGAAAAAUCGACUCCUCCCUCAACUGUUCCCAAUGGACCAUGGCAGGGGUGUAGUAUAAAAUGCUUCUCCUCACAGCUCAUCGUCCUUCUUCCAUACCUCCUCAAUCCGUCUCCGGUCCUCCCGCGCCUUAUCCCGAUUGUUUUGAGCGCGCCGAUAUCUUUCCGCUCCGAGACACCGGUU